GAUGAUUCUCUGUUGGCUAACACUGCUCCUUUUUCAUCAGGGAUGCUCACUGGUUCUAGUGAUCACAGUUCAUCUCGGUGAACCUGCAACUAUGACGUGUAAUUUGCCGCAUGAAUGGUUGGGGAUUACAAGUCUUCACUGGUACAAGCAGAGUGCAGGAGAUACUCUCAAAGUGAUUACAAUGCUGCGUAAAAAUACAAACCCUAAAUAUGGACCAGGGGUUUUAGCCUCGAGACUAAAGACAACAUAUCAUGACAAAAUCAGCAAUCUGACAAUUUUGAGGACAACUAAAGAAGACGAGGGAAUGUAUCACUGUGCAGUCCUCGACUGGAAUGAGAAUACCUGGAUAGAGACCUAUUUGUCAAUAAAAGGACACUCUGAAAGGAUAUUAAAUUACCAAGUUGUUCAGGAGGGAAAAGUAUCAUAUCCAGGGCAUGAAAGCAACUUGGCGACUCUACAAUGUUCAGUGAUCUCUGCCUUUAACCACAACAUAUGUCCAGAAGAUAUCAGCGUGUUUUGGUUCAGAUCCAAAUCUGAUAAAUCUGAUCCAGAUGUCAUCUACGCUGAUGGAGAAAGACAUGAUGAAUGUCAAAAGAAAUCAGAGUUUCAGAGGAGAUGUGUGUUCUCCAAGAACAUCAGCAGGUCUGAUGCUGGGACUUACUACUGUGCUGUGGCCUCAUGUGGAGAGAUUUUCUUUGGAAAUGGAACAAAUCAGCAAGUUGAACAAACAGCAGACCCUUAUCGUAAUGCACUGGUGAUAACAACAACAACAUGUUUGAUAAUUUCUUUGAUUGUGAUUAUUGUUAUCUGCUACCAAAAUCCAAGUUCAGCAUGUAAGCAAAUUAAAGGGACAGCAAGCUCCUCUUCACCUGCCUCACAUGAUAACACGACUGAACUAGGAAAAUAUGUUGCCAAAGAUAACCAGGAUCUAAACUAUGCUGCACUGCAUUUCUCUGGAGGAAAAUGCACACAAAGGACAAAGUUGAAACUGUUGGACACUGAGAAAGAUGUAUUUUCAAGAUGUAUAUAUCAAGUUAAAGUCUGAAUAGGAGAGUCUUUAUGGGAUCUUACAAAGCCACUGGCAAUAAAAUGUGAAUAAAGUUUCUGUGUACUAUUUUUACUUAGUAAGUGUUAUUUUAUGCUGCUUCUCUCUUGUUCUCCAGUCAUGGCUCCUAUAUUCACAUGUCAGUUGCUCUUAAACACCCUGAGAUCCAGACUAAAAAUCAGAGGCGACAGAGUCUUUUCUGUGGUGGCCCAUAAGGUU